ACAACGUGACAGGAUUUGCUUGAGGACGUCAUAAUCAUGCGACAAAUGUUGCAAUUUGUUCUCCUCCUUUGUAAUGGCCACUUGAGUACCCUGUAAACAUCAUAAAGAAGCAGCCUAAAUCAGCACCAACUUAAUGGUAGGGCUGUAGCACAGCGGCAGGAAUGAGGAUCCAGCUUCAGGGUCCAGGCCAUGCUGCCGGCCUCCUUGCUGAGCUGAACCGCUGCCGCCAAUCCCGCCGUUACUGCGAUGUCUUCAUACAAGUGGGCAACCGCACUUUUGCGGCGCACCGUGCUGUGCUGGCCUGUGCCGGGACGUACUUCCACAACCUGUUCGCCCGCACUUCGUCCACGUCCACCACUGCCAUCUCUUUGGAGCUUAUUUCCCCAGCCAACUUUGAGAAGCUGCUGACUUUCAUGUACACUGGAGAGAUCUUGAUGGAUCUAAUAUCUGUUGGAGUUAUUUAUGAGCUGGCUGAAAGGUUGGGUGUUAGUGAGCUUGUGAGGACGUGUCACGCUACUUUCCCAGACCUGCAGGGCUCCGUGUUGUCAAACACCAGAGCAAAUAAUUCUGGAGACCUCCCAGAAGCCACUGUAGUUGCUGCUAGCUCUUCGGGGGCUGCCAUUAGUACGGCCUCUGUUUCUGCAUCCCCUGUGGGUUCCUCUGCUGCCUCCUGCUCGUCUUUGUCAUCGCCAUCUGCCCAAACUCCUGCCGCUGCCUCUUCACCUCACAUUCAAGCUAGGGGAGCAAGGGUGGGCCAAGAAUCCACUGCUGGGGCUUUGGAUUUGAAGGUAGAAGACAUCCAGUCUCAUGUAGGCUACGGGCAAAUGUCUGCAGAGGUACCAGCACGAUGCCCUUCAGCCAUCGGUAGCAGUAACAUGCCACCCUUGGAGUCUGUACUGAAGGGGGAGCAGAGACUGGAGGAAGUGGAGAAAGUUGAAGGCAACAGAAGUGAGGAGGUGACGAGAGAUUUGGUGCCAUCCGCUUCGUCCUCCUUCCCAGACUCUUUGGUGCAGACAUCUUCCUCAGGGGUGCCCAUUGGCAACUUGCAAGAAGGGCUGGAGGAGAGGGGCGUGGCUGACGUUCGGAGGGACAGUGAGUUGUCCUAUGAACCAGGAAACGAGGAGGAAACACAGACUCUGCAAAGCAACAGCACAAAUGAAGAGGUGGAACACUGGAGGCAAUUGGCAGGCGAUAUCAUCGAACUAAGUGAUGAUGAGAACUUUAUGGAGGAUGAUGAAGAUGACCUUGUGUGUUUGGAAAACGGCGAGAGAAGCAAGUCAAGCCAGCAGGGCCCAGCAGACACACUGUCGUGUAAAGCCUGUGAAGCUUCCUUCCUCGCAGAUCCGGCUGCCAUCAGGCGCCAUGCCGAGAGCCAUGUGACCGAGAUGGGCCAAUGCAGGCUGUGUGGUGUCUUGUUUUCCGACCACGCUGCCGCAGUAUCCCACUCCCUCACUCACGUUGGGGUGCAGCUUUUCACCUGCGACAUGUGUCACCUAGAGUUCCGCAGCCAAAAUAAACUGUUGCGGCACCAGCGCCAGAGCGGGUCCAGUUACACGUUACCACAACGGGCCCUGACCGCCGACAGCCAAGGCUCUGAGUGGCGGUGUGGUGUGUGCACAAAGAACCUCAGCAACGACUUCCAGACGGUGAGGGACCACAUUCGGAGCCACGUGUGUCCCCAAAGCUUGAGCUGUGGCGUUUGCCACCUUCCUCAGCACUCCCUGUGCUCGCUGCUGUGGCACGCCCUCACCCACCUGGCGCUGCCCGUCUUCACCUGCCCGCACUGCGCCCGAUGCUUCGUGGAGCGCCCCCUGCUGGAAGUACAUAUGGCCGCGCACGCUGAGGAGGCAGCUGCCUUGGAGCAGGAGGGCUACAGAGUAGUAACAGUAGGCGGCGGGGGAGAAAGUGUUUCAGGAGGGGAGGAGCUAAACUGCUUCCUGUGCCCUCAGACAUUCCCUACCUCCACCGCCUUUCUGUGCCACCUCAGCCAGCACACCUCUGAGGUCCCAGAGAGCGGAGGAGGAGACGCCGGAGGUCACGGAUGGUUAGGCAAGCGUAAAGCUGAGCAGCCUUUAGAGUGUCCACAAUCUUCUUGCUCCUCCUCCUCUCCACGAGAGGUCGCAGGGCUUGUAAAAAUUAGCAACCUGAGUCUCAACUUACCAGACAAGUAUUUUCAAGGGCUGACCUCCGCGCCCCUGACCAAUGGGAGCCCCGCACAGGACGGGGGCACUGGUAUCCGUGGGAAAUGGUACCGGUGUCGCUACUGCGGUAAACGCUUUGCACACUCGGGGGAGUUCACCUAUCAUCUGCGUAUCCAUACCGGGGAGAAACCCUACCAGUGCAAGGUGUGUAUGCGCUUCUUCAGAGGACGCUCCACCAUGAUCUGCCACCUCAAGACCCACGCCGGCGCACUCAUGUACCGCUGUACCGUGUGUGGCCUCUACUUCUCCACGCUGAAGAUGAUGUCGUCUCACUUGGAGCUCCACAAGGACCAACUGCCGGCCGACUUUAACAUCGAACAGACCUUCAUGUACAACGACCACUCGAAAGAACCGCUGUCCUCCAUGGACACUUGAUCUAGAUCUAAGAAAGAAGGCAGAGUCGCAUUUAGCAUUAUCAGGAUUGAUUCUAAUGUCUUCAUCGUAGCGUAGCAAUUCUUCUCCUUCACUCACUAUUUGCACAGUUAAAGGAAAUCAUGUGUGUCUUCAAAAUGAAAUGAUUGACUGUAGCCUGACCCCAUAAUCAUGGUACUGUAACAGUUAUUUAGGAUUUGUUUGUCUUUAUACAUGUCAUUCUCUUUGUAAAGUGGUCUGACUGCCUUUAUUAAAAAAAGUCAUGAAAGAAGCUGUAUCAAAUGAUUCCCACUGUGCUCACGCCCGAUCCUGCACAAAAAUGGCUUCCAUCAUAAGGCCAAUGACAACUCAGCACAUUUCUGCCCCACUAUCAUGGACCCCUCGGCCUCCAGCGGGUCUGGUGACCUUUGCCCUCUUAAAGCCCUGCAGCCUCUUCCUGCUAUUGUACAAUGUGUGGAGUAACACCACCUCUUCCUCUCGCUCUACCUUCCAAUCAUUCAAACUGUCGAUGGUGGCACAUUCCGCUUUG